AUGACGAGCGCCGCGCGCGAGGCGGCCAAGGCGGCGAUCACGCAUCUCACGCGCGCGCGCCCGAACCUGUACGAACUCUCCAGCGCGCUCGGCGACCGCGGGAUCGGACGCGCGUUCACGAAGCACAGCUGGCGGGCGCGACCGGAUUGGUAUCCGGACACGUAUUGGACGCUGACGAAGAUAAAGACGCGACCGAGCGGGCGAUCGGGAGAGGCGUGGGGACGGUUGACGUGGAAGGGACGAACGCGCGAGGGGGAAGAGCGGAUCAACGGAAGCAUGAAACCGAUUUGGCGGGAGCUGCGACGCGAAGACGGGGACGGCGACGCGCGCGGAGGGCCGCGGUUGUCGCAGCCGGCGGCGAUCGACGACGAGUCCGCGGGUUAG